UGACAUCUUCAAGACCAACAAGUAUUUGGACAACUUCGGCGAAGUGAUCACAAACCUCUUCCGUCCUCUGUUCCGGGUCUCAAUAGACCCCAGCUGGGACCCUGAACUACACGCGUUCCUUCAGUACGUCAUUGGUUUCGACAGCGUCGACGAUGAAAGCAAACCUGAGAAUCCUAUGCUUGACAAGGAUACGGUUCCUCCGCAACAGUGGGAUGUCCAAGAGAAUCCCCCGUACGCAUAUUACUUGUACUACAUGUACGCAAAUAUGUGCGUACUAAACCGGCUCAGGGAGAGUAGGGGGCUUAAAACGUUCGUUCUACGUCCACAUUGUGGAGAGGCGGGAGCCAUCCAGCACCUUGUCGCAGGAUACAUGCUCGCCGAUAACAUCUCACACGGUCUGCUGCUGAGGAAGACUCCUGUGCUACAGUUCCUGUACUACCUGGCCCAGAUUGGCAUCGCGAUGUCUCCGUUAUCGAACAAUUCCCUGUUCCUGAACUAUCACCGCAACCCUCUGCCCGAGUACCUCGCUAGAGGUCUGCUCAUCUCCCUAUCUUCGGACGACCCUCUUCAGUUCCACUUCACCAAGGAACCUCUCAUGGAGGAAUACUCUAUCGCCACGCAGGUCUGGAAGCUAUCGCAGACAGACAUGUGCGAACUCGCGCGCAACUCGGUGCUUAUGAGCGGCUUUGAGCAUGAGCUCAAGAGGUUCUGGGCGGGUCCGAACUACACGAGGGAAGGCGUUGCUGGCAACGACAUCAAGCGCACCAACGUGCCCAAUAUACGCGUGGCUUACAGGUACGAGUCUCUCGUAGAGGAGCUAAAGAACAUCUUCAGCCACGUGGACCCACCAGCAGACCACAAGUCCAGGUCUGUCGGACUGCAGUCCCCUGGUGUCUGCAGCCCCCAGCCCAGCAAAACCACCGCUUGCCAGACCGAACAGCAAACUAACGGACAGACCACGCAGCAGACUGAGAACGGGGUAGACCACCAACACCGUGUCAAUGGCGUCAAAUAAAUUAUGAUGUCGAAUAUCGUCUGAAUUUGGCCUUGAUGAAAUUUAGUUAGUUAGUUUAGUUAGUAAUUAGUCUUCCCUAUUCCUGAUAGUUGAACCGUCUUGAAGUAUUAUCUUUUGGCUUAUGGCUUGGGUACAAUAUAAUGAAACAUAGUCCAUUGUCAUAUGGUUCGAGUUGAUACCUCAUAGCACUGUCACCAUAUAUGAUGUAGCUGUGUCCAUUGUCAUAUGGUUCAAGUUGAGACCUCAUAGCACUGGCUCCAUAUGAUGUAACUGUGUCCAUGCCAUAUGGUUUGACUUGAGACCUCAUAGCACUGGCUCCAUAUG